AUGCCGUAUCACGUAUACCGAUGUCAUAUAACUUCCGUAACAGUAUUGGGUAUUGUACUCAUCAUAGUGGUAUCAGAAAGUGUAGUUCAAAGUAGUAUGGAUCUAACGCCUUCUGAAAAUAUCAAUUGGAAAUUAAAUUAUGCUUCAAUCUCUUCUAUAAGACCGUUACUGUUACUUGAAAAAUGUUAUGGUAUCAUUAGAGUUCACGUCAUUGGAAGUUCAUAUUAUAUUCCAGUUGAUUGGAAAAUGAAAUUGUUCGGAUUUUUAAUUUAUUUAUUAAUUGCUGUGAUUUAUUUAAUUUUUGGUAUUGGAUUCACAGUAAAAACAGGUAAUUUUCUUGAAGCCGUUGAGUUAUUGCCAAGUAUUUUGAUAUUUUUUCAGUAUUCUAUUACAAUAAUAAUGCAAUCAUUUUCGGAUGAAGAUACAAAACGAAUAUUACUAUCUUUCGAUAAAAUUGAUGAGAUGCUUCGUAUUACUAUGAACGAAGAAUUUUACAAAAAAUCUCGCUCGCAAACCAAUAAGUUGUUAAUAUUACUGUGUGGAUCUUUCCUGGUUAUAAUAAUUUUCAAUAUAUUUAAUGAGGUUGAAAUUCGAAUUGGCCACGUAGUGAUUUUAUUUAUGUAUUUCCAAUGCAAUUUGGAAAUUUUUACAUUUAUCAAAUUAACGGAUAUGCUUCAAGAACGAUUGUUUAUUAUCAACAACUAUCUUACAAAAUUUACACAAUAUCAACAAUUCAACAAAAUUCUUACUUUUCAUGUAUGUGUUGACAGUGUUUAUGUUGAUGGUUGUGUUAACUACAUAGGGCCAGUUUCACCAAGCAACAGGAAACUUUGUGAUUUGUCAGCUACAUACAAUAAAAUUGGAGAACUCUGUCAAAUAUUAAUCAAAAAUUUUUGCUGUUUAAUCUUUACUUCGUUUAUAUCGAUCUUUUCGUUUAUAAUCAUCACAUUUUGGACUUCUUUGUAUUCUUUUAAGGCAGAUAAAGAUCUCAGAUAUUUAUUAAAAGUAAUAGUUUUGAGCACUUUAGAAGUGUUUAUAGUAAGCAUGAUGUGUCUUAAAUGUGAAAAAAUUCUUAAAAUUAGAAAUUGUACAAAAAUUCUUGUUAACAAAAUAAUAAUGAAUUACGAUUUGCCAAAAAGUAUGAGAAUUCAAGCAAAGACUUUUAUGGAGGUUAUUGAAGUUUCGCCACUGCGAGUUUCCAUUUACGACAUGUUUACUAUUGACCUACAAAUUAUUUUUAAAUUUAUAAGUUUAUGUGCAACGUAUCUGAUAGUUGUUAUUCAAGUCAAUCAUUUUAUUUAA